AUGCCCAUUGCCAGCGGUUUCACCCAAGAUCCAAAUCCAAACUAUCAAGUUCGCAAACAAGGUAGAAACGAGUUUUUUGAUGAAACAAUUUAUUACAAAGAUGCGAGCUACGAGAAACCAAUUCAACCGACAGUGAAGCGGCCGAUUAUUAAAGAAACAGUAUUCAUGCCUGAUCGAAAAGCACCACCCAUCGCUUCAAAUCGAGACAUCUAUACAGUUUCACCUGAACUGGAUAAAAGUGUUUACACAACAACGAAUGAGCAAGCAACAAGUUCGUUUAAUCUAAUUCGUGCAUUAGGUUUAAAUGCUGAUUGUCCAUGUUGGGCAUGGAUUUGUAUUAUCUUCAGUAUUCUCCUUCUCCUUGGUCUCCUUGCCAUGUGUUUAUACUUUAUUCUCGGUAUGUUUAUUUGUAAAUCUUAA